AUGUCAGUGUUUGUUAAUGGGAGCCCCACUAAGGAGUUUAUUAUUCAUAGAGGGUUGAGGCAAGGUGAUCCUCUUCCAUCGUUUCUUUUUGUUCUAGUGGCGGAAGGUUUAUCGGGUCUUGUUAGACAAUUUAUUGAAGUGGAGGAAUUUCAAAGAUUUGCUAUUAAGGAUUCUUGUUGGGUAGACAUUCUACAAUUUGCGGAUGACACUUUGAUUGUGGGAGAUGGAAAUUGGAAACAUGUUAGGGCGAUUAAAGCGUGGAGAUGGAGAAUUCUUGAAGGCCAAAAUUCUUUGUGGUACAGUAUUUUGAAAUCGCGUUAUGGUGAUUUAACUUCAAUCGUGUUUGGUGUUGGAAAAGUUUGCAAUGUUUCUUCAUCCUUUUCUUUUUGGUGGAAGGAUAUUGUAAAGAUUGAUUCUUUUUAUUCUUAUGAUCCCAUUGUUGAAAAUAGUAGGUUCUUCGUUCAUAAUGGCUAUAAUACUCUGUUUUGGGUAUCUAAUUGGUUGAAUGGUGUUCCUGUGGAAGAGGAAUUUCAGGAUUUGUUUGAGGCUUCUUAUUUGAAGAGUGUAUCAAUGGGAGGUUGGAAGGAGGAAAGGUGGUUUUGGGGGGGUUUGUUGGGGGAUAAUGUUUAUGUUAACAAUUAUGGUUUGUUGAAAGGGCAGUUGGAGGAUUUUAGAGGUUGGAAGGAAGGAAAGGAUUCAUUGGUUUGGCGUGGAAAUUCGGUCCCAGUAUUUUCGGUUGCAUUGUGCUACGAUUUUUAUAUGCGCAUUCGGAUUCCUUUUGGACCUCCAAACAAGUGUGAUGAAGCUUUUGGGUUACUUUAG